GUGGGCACAGAAAGCCUGAGAAAAGAGGGCGAAGGGAGAAGAUCCUGCCACUCCACCUACACGUGGCUCAGGUCCUCUGAGAGAGUCCAGCAGGGACCAGCGGGAGCCGCCUCCCUCAGGGCCCCCACCUGCCUGCCCCUCCUUGCCACUCAGUGCCUGCUGGGAAAGCCAGAGAGGGAGAGAAGACGAUGGAGCCAGACAGGACUCAUAUAAAGCUUGACCCCAGGUACACAGCAGAUCUUCUGGAGGUGCUGAAAACCAAUUUCAGCAUCCCCUCUGCCUGCUACUCUCACGCUCCCACUGCAGCCCAACUUCUAAGAGCCUUGGGCCCUGCAGAAAUUGCCCUCACAGUCAUUAUGACUUUGCUUGCCCUGGGCUCAGUCACCAUCUUUCUGGAGGACGCUGUCUACCUGUACAAGAACACCCGUUGCCCCAUCAAGAGGAGGACUCUGCUCUGGAGCAGCUCUGCACCCACGGUUGUGUCUGUGUUCUGCUGUUUCGGUCUCUGGAUUCCUCGUUCCCUCAUGCUUGUGGAAAUGGCCAUAACUUCGUUUUACGCGGUAUGCUUUUACCUGUUGAUGCUGGUCAUGGUGGAAGGCUUUGGUGGGAAGGAGGCAGUAUUAAGGACACUAAAAGACGUUCCGAUGAGGGUCCACACUGGCCCCUGCUGCUGCUGCUGCCCCUGCUGCCCCCCACUCAUGCUCACCAGGAAGAAGCUUCAGCUGCUGAUGUUGGGCCCAUUCCAAUAUGCCUUCUUCAAGAUAACACUGAGCCUGGCGGGCCUGUUUCUCAUUCCUGAUGGCAUCUAUGAUCCAGCAGAUAUUUCUGAGGAGAGCACAGCUCUGUGGAUCAACACUUUCCUUGGUGUAUCCACCCUGCUGGCUCUCUGGACCCUGGCCAUCCUUUUCCGUCAAGCCAAGAUGCACCUGGGCGAGCAGAAUAUAGGAUGCAAAUUUGCUCUGUUCCAGGUGCUCCUCAUCCUGACCGCCCUGCAGCCAUCCAUCUUCUCAGUCUUGGCCAACGGCGGGCAGAUUGCUUGUUCACCUCCCUUUUCCUCUAAAGUCAGGUCUCAAGUGAUGAAUUGCCACCUUCUCAUACUGGAGACUUUUGUAAUGACUGUGUUGACACGCAUGUACUACCGAAGGAAAGACAACAAAGUUGGAUAUGAGCCUUUCCUUUCCCCAGACCUGGAUUUGACUUCAAAGCCUGAGGUGGAUGGUUUGGACAAUGAAAAAGACUCUGUACAUAUUAAACGGGCACAGGAUUUCCUCACUGUCCCUCAGCCUUGACCAAGUACGGAUGGAUCCCAUUGUCAGCAUGAGCUGGCAGAUUACACUUGACCAUAGGAAUGAAGGAGGAUUAUGGAAUAGGAUGCAAUUAUUUUGGAUCUUUCCUGGGAAAGGUAUUUCAGGUUUUAUAAUAAACAAACAGGAUAGAGUUUAUAACUGGGUACACUGCCUCUGUGGAUGACACUAUUAGCCCUUGAAGCUUGUAUACUGAAAGGUCACUCUGAGUUUUCCUAGAGCCAAUGAAAAGGGGGAAAGUAUA